AGUGGCUCAGAAACCAUCUGGAGGCUCCGGAUCACCUGCUAGCUGCUCCUCCGCUCCCCGAACAACACGUUAACACAACACGUUAACAAACCUCAAAGCACUGCCAGAGGUGGUCUAUAGUAACACUAUGGACGAAGACAUCCUGACAACCCUCAAACUAUUGAUUAUUGGCGAGAGUGGAGUCGGGAAAUCCAGUCUCCUGAUCAGGUUCACAGAUGACACGUUUGAUCCAGAGCAGACAGCGACCAUAGGCGUGGACUUCAAAGUAAAGACAAUCGCCAUCGAUGGAAAUAGUGCAAAACUUGCCAUUUGGGACACAGCUGGGCAGGAGAGGUUUCGCACCCUCACUCCCAGUUACUACCGUGGUGCGCAGGGUGUUAUUCUGGUGUAUGACGUCACUAAGAGGGACACCUUCACCAAGCUGGAGAACUGGCUGAACGAGCUGGAGACGUACACAACCCGGAACGACAUCGUCAAGAUGCUUGUUGGCAAUAAAAUUGACAAAGACAGCCAUGAGGUGGACCGAAACGAGGGCCUGAAGUUUGCUAGGAAACACUCCAUGUUAUUUAUCGAGGCCAGCGCCAAGACCAAGGACGGUGUCCAGUGUGCCUUUGAGGAGCUGGUGGAGAAGAUCCUCCAGACACCAGGGCUGUGGGAGAGCGACAACCCGGGCCAGGGGGUCCGCCUGGGGGAGCAGGAGCCGCGGGCUGGCGGGGGCUGCGGAGGGUACUGCUCCAUACCCUGAAUACCACCGACCUACCUGGGGCAAUGACCGGACCGGACACAGGAAAGGCAACCGAAAGGUGGGGGGGGGUUGGGGGGGGAGAAGGAGAGAGAGCGAGGGAGAGCAUAGUCGUACAGGUUCUGUAUUGAAGGAUCUCAUUGAUCGAAGGCCUCAAAUCUUAUCCGGUCAGGCGAACUUUUGCUGUUUGCACACUUCCUGUUAACUCUCGUUUGUCUUGUUUUUUUGUUCUUUCACAGUUUUUUUUUUAACUUCCUGGUCAACUCUAUAUCAAAAGAUACAAAAAACAACUCAUGACAGGAAGUGCAUUAUUUUAAUUAGUCCACCCAUGCUAGAUGAUUGUCAUCUGGUUUCCAUUCAUCACGUCAGCAACAGUUACUCUUAUUUCCCCCCAUUUUUUUUGUUCUUGCUCAAACUGCUGCAAGAUAAGACUUAAUGUAAAGCGGCUAUAUCAUGCGGCAAUUUGUAGGAUACAGUGCAGGGCUGGGAACGGUAAAUCCAAUAACAAUAUCUAAAAUCCUGCAGGGCUUGGGCCACGGCUCUCAUGUAUGUAUGUAUGUGUGUGUGUGUGUGUGUGUGUGUGUGUGUGUGUGUGUGUGUGUGUGUGUGUGUG